ACGAAGCAUUACAUGAACAAUAAAAAAAGGAUUUUAAAAAACUCUUUAAAAUGUAUUUGAAAAUCUAUCCUUAUCCAUUGUUUCCUAUUUUCUUAGUAAAUAAUAUGCGAGAUAGUAGAGGCGCGCGUUAUUUAGGCGCCUACAUUAAGGAGGCGCGCGAAAGAAACAAGCGUGGCGAGGUGGGGGGGAGACUAAACGCGCAAGCACACGCUUCACCAUGUACGAGAAAAUUGAGCGAGCGAGCACUAUAGAAGAGUUUCUUUCUUUGAAAGUUUACAUUAGUAAUCGGAGAUACUUCAGUUGUUUAUAUGACGUAGAUUUUUGAAGAGGAGGAACUGCAUAGACCUCUGCUUGCAGUCAGAGAGUCAGUCAGUCAGUCGUGAGACAGUCUUCUUGUGAAAAAGACUAAAAACAGUAUUCAGUUUUUCGAAAAAAUGGAAAGAUUAUUUCACGUAAUUCGAGUUACGUAUCCGGCGGAUGCGAGAUUGAUGGUACAUAAUGAGGAGCAACUCGUUGUGCCGAUAAGGCACUUAUUAGAAUUAAGGAUUACCAGCCCCCGCCCCAACAUCUCUCGAGACCAAAUUGAGAUAGCAGGAUUUAUCAAUAUAUCCGAUGCGAAAUAUAGGCGCUGGUACCGUCAGUGGGACCAGUGGUAUAAUGAAAGAGAGUGGGUCUGCAACGAGUGGGACCUGGAGGAUCAAUGGGACCUUCAAAUAUUAUUCGGAGAGCGGGUCUACCAGGAGGAGAUCUGGUGAAAAAAAUUAUUAUAGAAUUUUUUAAUACAAAAAUUUUUUUUCUGUUUUUGUGUAAAAUUUUUCAAAAUACAUAUAUGAAUUUUAAUUUAUGUACCAAUUUUUUUCUCCUAUCACUUAUUCACCUUUCCUUCAAUCCCCUCAUUAAAAAAAUUAUCGUGAAAACAGCGAUAGAGGUAGGGCGGUAGCGGGU